ACCUAUCAGUCCGCAAAUAACCAGAAUACACACAUACACAUAGCAUAAAUGUACAUAAUACAUUCAUAUACACUCGACGAAAACAAAAACACCGCUGAUUGUACUAUAAGACUAUGCUUAAAUAAUAAAUACGCGUUUGUCCACAUUUACUCAUUUUCGUUUGCUUUUUCAUUAUUUAUUUCGAUUGUUUGUCGAAGUCGAAGAGAUCGCCAGUCGCGCCGGAAAUGUGACUUUUUAAGAAAAAACCAAUUUCGCACUCGAAAACCUCAUCUGCUCGUACCUCUAAGUUCGUUUUCUUCAUUCGCGCUGUUCGAAACAUACACACGUUCGUAUCUAAUAAUGACAGCAGCAGCCAUGAAAUUUGUACUUGUUGCUUUGUUGAUAACAACACUGGGCUCGAUACAAGUAACCAGUCAAACGUUAGGUGGUGAUAACAUCAAGCAGAAACUGGAAAAUGGAAUUACCGAUUUUACAGUCAAGUUGAAUGAAUUAUUUCACAAAAAUUCCGGCCCCGAAGAAAACGUUCUGUUCUCGCCGAUAAAUAUUUACGCUGCUUUAGCUCUAACUCAUCUGGCAGCCGAUGGCGAUACUCUGAAUGAAAUUUCAACCGUGUUGGGACUGCCUUCCAGUAAAGAAGAAUUACAACCAGUGCAUGAAAACGUAGGAAAACUUAUGAAACGAAUCCAAAAUUCGCGAAAAACCGAAAUCAUCAUAGCCGACAGCAUCUUCGUUCAAACCGGAACGCCUUUCAAAGUCGCAUAUUUAAAUCAAGCUAGUUCCUAUUAUAAAGCUGACAUAGCCACUGUGAACUUCAAAGAUCAUGAAAGUAACGCUACAGAGAUCAUCAACAGGUGGAUUUCGCAUAAAACCAAAGGACGAAUUCCGAGCUUGUUCACGGUGCCAUUGCCAGUAGACACGAUGAUUCUGAUCGCGAGUAGUUUAUAUUUCAGCGGAUCUUGGCAGAAUCAGUUUCCUCAGCAUCUCACUGCGGUCGAGAAAUUCAACACCGGCAUAAAAGAAAUCGAAAUCCCCAUGAUGACGCACAAGAAAGACGUACCAUACUCGAAUAAUCCUUCUUUACAGUACGAAGCGAUAAAUUUAAAAUACUACGGAAACGAGCUAUCGAUGUUCUUCGUGCUACCUUACGCCAACCAAACGCUGAAAAACCUGACUCAGCAUUUAACCUCGGACCAACUACGUAACUUGAUCAACGAAACCACCGAAGACAGUAUGAACGUGCAUUAUAAAAUACCUCAAUUCAAAUUCAAAUCGCAACGUAAAAUCAACGACUAUCUCUCCGCUCUCGGACUAAAAUCAUUAUUCGAGCACGCCAAGUUGACCAAUAUGAUCACCAACGUGGACGUUAAAGUAUCCGAAGUGGUGCACGCGGCCGAAAUCGAAAUCCACGAAAAAGGCACCAUAGCCACCGCAGUGACCACCUUGUCUUUCGUACCCCUUUCGUUACCCGUUCCAUUGAGCGAAACUAUUCCGUUCUAUUUGAACCGUCCUUUCAUGUUUUUCAUUUAUCAUUUCGAUACGAAAACCAUCCUGUUCAGCGGACUGGUCUAUAAACCGGUGGAAAUUGAGAAACCGAGAUCUCCGCUACCAUAUCCCAAGCAUCAGUCACCUUACUACAAUCGUCGUACGCCUUAUAGGUCUUCGUAUGCUUGAACUUGAGCGGCAUUGUUUGGUCUUCCCUUCCGGCUAAUUGGGCGAACUAUUUUGCUGAAAUUUCCGCUCCACUUCUCCUCCGUCAUUGAAUAAAAUAUUCUUCGCCGCCGGUGGCACUCGCGAUGAGCUUUAAAGGCUAUCUGCUCGUCCGAGUCUAAUUAGCCGUGAAGGCAGACGCGUUGAUCUUUAACCCAAUUUAUCUAGUUUUUUUUUCUUCUCAUUCAUUUGUCUCGAUCCUUAUCGCCAUAUCUUCCAUACCACGCAUCGUUGAGCCGAUAAUCGUAUCGUCGAUAGUUAUUUUAGUUAUUUUCUUUGUUUCGAGGUGUCGACGCGAUGACAAUUUUACAUGAAUAAUGCAUUUUCAGACUCUCAUCAUAUCCAUACAUCGCGUCGCGAUUGGGCAAUUAACCCUACCCUACUGUUUUUCCUUUCAAUCGUGAACGUCGAAUUACUCAUUUUAGCAUUUCGUAAUACCUAUACCUAUUACCUAUUUACCUACAUGUAUGUAUUAUACCCACAUUUGACAUAAUCCUCAUGGUAUAGGCAUCUACUGGUAUUAUUAUAAGUUUUGUUUCUUUUUUUAUACAAUUAUACGUAUACAUUACGAAUAAAUAUUCAUGCAUUGUUAUUGUGUAAAAA